CGAUUCGGAAGUAUGCACUGAACAUCUCUGAGAAGCGGAGGCUAAGGAACAUUCAGGAGACCCAAAUGAAGUAUUUGUCUGAGUGGGACCAGUGGAAACGGUAUAGCAGCAAGUCUUGGAAGAGGUUCAUAGGGAAGGCUCGGGAGAUGACCACCCACUUGGAGCUGUGGCGGGAGGACAUUCGCAGCAUAGAAGGGAAAUUUGGCACUGGGAUUCAGUCCUAUUUCUCCUUCUUGCGGUUUCUGGUGUUGCUGAAUUUGGUGAUAUUUCUGAUCAUCUUUAUGUUGGUUUUGCUCCCAGUCUUGCUCACCAAGUACAACAUCACCAACAGCACUUUUGUGCUCAUUCCGUCCAAAGACACGGAUGUCCAAUGCACAGUAUAUCCAAUAAGUAGCUCUGGACUCAUUUACUUUUAUAGUUAUGUCAUAGACUUGCUCUCUGGCACUGGUUUCUUGGAGGAGACCUGCCUCUUUUAUGGACAUUACACCAUUGAUGGAGUAAAAUUUCAGAACUUCACCUAUGAUCUGCCCCUGGCUUAUUUGUUAAGCACAAUUGCCUACCUGGCCCUGAGCCUUCUUUGGAUAGUGAAAAGGUCAGUGGAAGGGUUCAAAAUCAACCUGAUCCGGAGUGAGGAGCACUUCCAGAGUUACUGCAACAAGAUCUUUGCUGGCUGGGACUUCUGCAUCACCAACCGCAGCAUGGCAGACCUGAAGCACAGCAGCCUGCGGUACGAGCUCCGAGCAGAUCUGGAGGAAGAAAGAAUACGGCAGAAGAUAGCAGAAAGAACAUCAGAAGAGACGAUACGGAUUUACUCUCUGAGACUGUUUUUGAACUGUAUUGUUCUGGCCGUUUUAGCCGCGUGCUUUUAUGCAAUCUACAGAGCGACAAUAUUCUCACAAGAGCACAUGAAAAAAGAAAUUGACAAGAUGGUUUUUGGAGAGAACCUUUUGAUAUUGUACCUGCCUUCUAUUGUGAUUACGCUGGCCAAUUUUAUCACCCCAAUGAUCUUUGCCAAGAUCAUCCACUAUGAGGAUUAUUCCCCAGGCUUUGAGAUCCGGCUGACAAUACUUAGGUGUGUCUUUAUGCGGCUGGCUACCAUCUGUGUGCUGGUGUUCACCCUGGGUUCCAAGAUUACAUCCUGUGAUAACUACUCCUGUGAGCUCUGUGGCUACAACCAGAAACUCUACCCGUGCUGGGAGACCCAAGUUGGGCAGGAAAUGUACAAGCUGAUGAUCUUUGACCUCAUCAUCAUCUUGGCUGUGACACUUUUUGUGGAUUUUCCCAGAAAGCUCCUGGUGACCUACUGUUCCUCUUGGAAGCUGAUUCAGUGCUGGGGACAGCAGGAAUUUGCCAUUCCUGAUAACGUUCUGGGGAUCGUCUAUGGGCAAACCAUUUGCUGGAUUGGAGCGUUUUUCUCACCUCUUCUCCCUGCAAUUGCAACCUUGAAAUUCAUUAUCAUCUUUUAUGUGAAAGAGAUGAGUCUUCUUUAUACCUGCAGACCCUCCCCAAGGCAGUUCAGAGCAUCCAAUUCUAAUUUCUUCUUCCUGUUGGUGUUGUUGAUUGGGCUGUGUUUGGCCAUAAUACCUCUGACAAUCAGCAUGGCACGCAUCCCUUCCUCAAAAGCCUGUGGGCCAUUCACCAACUUCAACACCACCUGGGAGGUGGUCCCCAAGACAGUGAGCACCUUUCCCAGCUCACUGCAGUCCCUGGUCUAUGGCGUCACAUCGGAAGCCUUUGCAGUGCCUUUUUUCAUGAUCAUCUGCCUCAUCAUGUUUUACUUCAUCGCCCUGGCCGGAGCACACAAGCGGGUGGUGGUCCAGCUCCGAGAGCAGCUGUCCCUGGAAAGUCGUGACAAGCGUUACCUGAUCCAGAAACUAACAGAAGCGCAGAAGGAUAUGAAGAACCGACUGGACUGGCAAUGA